AUGGGUCGCCCGCGGAGCCCUCGCGAUGUCGAGAGCAAUCACAAGGAAGACGUAUCUUAUACUUGGCGUGAAUGGGCUGCAGUGCUGACAUGGAGUGUGUUGGGCUACCUAAGUAUCAUAUUGAUGGUCAUCGGCUAUUUUAACCCAUCUCUUCUACCGAUUGAUCCGACAUCGUUGGUAUUCAAUAAGGAUAUCUCUCCAUUCUUUGCCUUUUCGCGUGGUUCGGGACACUUCCCGAAGCCACGGGGCCUGAAGAUUGUCGCCCUAGUGCCAUUCAACUAUCACGAGCGGACUGAAAUCCUGGAUUGCUAUCUUCAAAAAAACCUGGUCCACAAUCAUGGCUUCCUGGAUCAGGUUGUCUUUAUUCCUCAAACUGAAGACCCAGUCAGCCUGGAAUGGCUCAAUUCGUUGAUUCGACAAACACCUGAAUAUGCGAUAUCUCCGCCUGGCCAGGACAUGGACUGGAAGAUUGCUCAAGACAAUGUUAUGUACAUCCGCAUCGAUGGAGAUGUCGUUUUCCUGGAAGACCACACCAUUCCUACGAUUGUCAAGACAAAACUAGAAAACCCCAACUCCAUCAUGGUCUCAGCAAAUGUUGUGAAUGAAGCUGCUCUUUCUUCUCUUCACAGUCAUCCCGGCGUUGCGUUCCCAUACCUUCCAGAGCUGCAGCAUGUCAAACAACCCGCCCGAUCUAAGUCCCAACUGAGUCACGAUUGGCGUGCCUCCAGCCUUCCUCGGUGGCAAGGUCCUGCCAGCUUUCGAGUUCGAAAGGGCUUCAAGCCGCCUUUUCAAGGUCAUCGAUGGCUACUUCCAAUAGAGUCAGGAUCGGACCGAGAUCCUAUUGCGGCAUCGGUAUAUACCGAAACUGGUCCAACGUUGAAGGAUUGGACCGUGAGUGCCCAGCAACACUAUUCCUUUUUAGACCAUCUCGAAUCAAAUACUCUGGAGAAGUAUAAGUUUCCAUUGUGGGUUGAACCGACCGAGCCCAUCAGCCAGAAUUUUGGAUGCUUCUGGGGAAAUGAUGCCGAGACUCUGCGAAAACUCUUCAUGCACAGUUCUGAUGAGGACUUUUCGAAGUCAUGGAUUGCGCCAGACGGUACUCGUCCACAUGUUAGCAUUGAUGGGAAAGGUCUUGUUUCGCAUUAUUCAGCCAGUCUUGGGGUAAGCGGUCUUGACUCAACAGACCUCUUGGAGAGAUACAGAGCAUAUGCGGAGGAGAAAGUUUGCCGGCCGACAUUCUGA